AAAAAUAUAUAUAUAAAAAAAUUUUAUUGAUGCGUGUUGAAUUGUUGAUGAUUUAUGACAAGCUCUGUUAAAUCACAGCUCGAUUAUAUCAACAAGAUUUUUAUAGCAUAGGGGAUGAUUGAUCUAAAAAAAAGAGACAGAGAUUAUUGAGAAAGCAAAUGUACAUUACAAAAUAAAAAAAAAAAAUAAACACAUUGUUAAUAACAAUAUCAUAAAUAUACACACAUGUUUUAAAAUCAAUAUGUGUUGUAUUUGGCAAUGUGGCAAAAUGAGGCCACAAUGAGUAUGAAAUAAUUGUUAUGUACCUCAUUGUGAAUAUUGUGUAAUAUAUAUGUGUCAGUAUCUAUAACGUGAUUUUAUAUUUCACCAGCAAUUGAGGCAUAUUGGUAAAUUGUAUGCAUGAUAAUUAUUAGUUCACCACUAGCCACUGAACAGUGUACUUGAUUUUUCUAAAAUUUCCUCAAUUUUUAAUUUUUGUUAUUAACUUUUUUUAUCAACAUCAUCUACAUCAACAUCAUCAACAUCGAAUUUAGUGUUAUAUUAAUUUUUUUAAUGUGAAAAUUUAACGUUAUUUUAUGUUGUUUUUAAUUGCCAAAAAAAAACAACAAAGUGAUUUGAAAUUUUGAAAAUAAAAAAGAAGGAUAAACAGGUAAAAUUUUCUAUAAUUGUUGCUGAUAUAUAAAAGGUCAAGGGUUCGAGAGCAUGACGAGGAAAGAUACGUUGGUAUUGAAAAUACAAAGACAUCCAGGUCAACCUUGGGGUUUCCGCAUUGCCGGUGGUGUUGAUUUAGGCACACCGAUUAUCGUCACCCGUUCUGAGAAUGAAGACCUCCAGAAGGGUGACGUGAUCAAGAAAAUUGAUGAUUAUGAUGGUUCUGAUUUGAGGCAUGUUGAUGCACAAGAUUUACUAGUUAAUACAAAUUCAUGUAAACUCGUUGUAGACAGGCAAAAAAAAUCAAAAGAUGAUAAAAUUCUUCCAAAAAGUCCAGUUCCACCGAUGAUGUCUCCAAAAGAAUAUAAAACUUAUUCACCAGAUCAUUUUGAGCCACCACAUGAGCAUCUUGAUGAAGUACGAGAAGAAAGAUUUUACUUGUCUCAGCCAUAUCGUACAACUCCUCUGGUUUUGCCUGGUGCAAAAGUCAAGAAGGAUGCUCCACUUGGUGAAAGUUAUCUUCGUCAUCAUCCAAAUCCAAUGAUAAGAGCAGCACCCCAUCAUUAUGAAGUUGCUCAUCCUGAAGUUGCAAUGAAACAAAAAGUGGCCGAAACGGUCUUGCAGCGUGUGUUGGGUCCAAAAGAAAUUCCAAAGGUUGUCCAUAAGCAAUUCAAUUCACCAAUUGGACUUUACUCUGAACAAAAUAUUGCCGACUCAAUCAAGUGUCAGGCCUCAGCAAUUCCUGGAAAUAAACCAGUCAAGUAUGAUCCAAGUAAAAGCGAGGCUUACAAGGCACUUCAAGAAGAGCAAUAUGGUGAUAAUUAUCAGGAAGUUAAUCAGCCAGCUCGUGGUGGUGUUUUUGCACCUCAAAAAGCUCAUCACAACAGGGCUGCGCCUCCAAGAAGCCCAGCACCAUCACAUCAGGCAAGUGCACAAAAUGACGAGGAAAUAAUUCAUCAAAGCAACAGUUUUAGAAGAAUUAUGUACAGUGUUUUGGGGCAUACCGAUUAUUAAUUUAUUUAAAAAAUAUUAUAACUAUGAAGAAGUUGAAGAAAAUAAAAGAAAAUAAUAUAAAUAAAUAAUUAUACUAAAAUUUAUAAAAUUAAGAUAAUAAAAAAAUAAUAUAUUAAGAAGAAGGAGAGAAACAACAUACCAUCGUCAAUUUUUCAAUUUUUUUUUUAAAUUCAAAUUACCUUAUUACUAUUUGACAAUAUUAUUUCGAUUUUUUUUUUCAUCUGAUUAUUAUUGUUUAUUAUUAAAAUUAAUUUUCCUGUUAUUUUUUUAUAAUUUAUAUAUUUAUUAUGUUGAUAAUUAAAUUGGCAAUAUUUUUUUUUCAUUGAAAUUCAUUUAUUAACGUCUUUAUUGCAUAAUAAUUUAAUUAUUAAAUUUAUGUAAAUUAAAUUUAAAAAAUAAAUAAAUAAAUGAUAUCUAAAUUGUU